AUGGAUUCCAUGGCAUGGGAGCACAUAAAGAUGGAUUGGGCUCCUAAUAGAGAAGUAAAGGUUUAUCCACUAUCAAAGAAGUACACCUUUGCUUUGGCUUGUCGCUUGUUCAUGAGCAUAAAAGACUUUAAACAUGUCACUAAGGUUGCUCAUCCCUUCCAUUUGAUUACAUCUGGGCUAGUGUCUGUGCCUAUAGAUUUUCUUGGUGUGCCAUUUAACGAUGCUAAGAAGGGAGGCAAAAUGCUAAAGGAUGAGCUUGUAGCAAUCAUUAAACAGAGAAGAAAUGAGUUAUCAGAUGAGGGAGAGCCAGAAGUCCAAGACCUGUUAUCUUCGUUGCUUUUACAAUCAGAUGAGAACGACAAGGGUUUGAAUGACAUGGAGAUAUCAUAUAAAAUUAUUGGUUUGUUUCUUGCUAGCUUUGAUUCCACAAGUGCUACCUUAACAUUCGUUUUGAACUAUCUUGCAGAGUUCCUUGAUGUCUAUGAUAAGGUCUUAAAAGGUAAAACCCUUGUCUCCUCUUUCUUGUAUCCUUAUCAAGCAAGCUUGAUUUAG